AUGGCUUCUACCAAGACAGCUACUUCUCCAUUUACUUCUUCCUUCUCGACAGCUCAGCGUAUCCCAACGAACACCUUCGAUACGAUUCUCCCACCUACCAAGAUGUCCACAUGGGAACAAGAAGACGCAAAGAUGAAGCCAAAGCGUUCUUCCAAGGAGAUUGCGGCCAAGGCAAAGUCCAAAGUUGGGCACACCAUGAAGAGUGCAUGGACCAAGGCCGAGGAGUUGAAGAAGGUGGUGGACAAGAACAAGACGAAGGGGGAGACCGACAAAGAGAUUAGAAAGGCUGAUAAGGCUAAUCAGAAGGCCAUCAAGGAUCAGCGCAAACUUGACAGAAGGUGA